GUACUAACUGAAACCCGCAGGGCUAUCGGUGGGUAUACUUGCAAAAUCAUUCGGUAGCUGAUCGUUGUGUAAGGAAACAACAGAGCACCAUUUUUCUGAUUUUCCACCUGUCUGAAUUGGAUCACGGUGUUCUGUCUGUUAAGAGUAUUAAAAAGUGGUAUUAGGCAUCGGAACAACAUGGAAACACUUUCGGGGCUGAUUAAAACUACACUACCGAACUACCUAGCCGGACUGCCCAUUCCCGACAGCAUCGGUGGAUGGUUUCGACUUGGCUUCAAAGAUUGGCUCUCGUUGAUUCCGCCGACCGCCGCACUGGGCGGUCUCGUUUAUAUGUCGUAUUUGGCCUUCUGUCCAGAGGGUCGACCAAAGCCAAGCACCAAGGUCAACCGGAAGAUUCGGAUGUCCGAGGGUAAGGUGGUGGACAUGAUCGAUAUCGAAGAUAUUGCCGAAAAGGCCGCCUUCUGUCGGUGCUGGAAAUCUAGCAAUUGGCCGUACUGUGAUGGAUCGCAUGGUUCCCACAACAAGGAAUGCCAGGAUAAUCUCGGUCCGGUGGUAAUCUCGCGCAAGAAGAACUAAGAUGGGGAUUUUUCAAAUGUUGGAUUUCACCGCCGGCUGUUGAAAAGUGCUUUUCCUUUAGAUACCCGUGGAAGGAAUAGGAACCAAUAAUAUACGCAUUAUGCAUCAUACCUACAUUAAUCGAAUUGCAAUCUAGGAUUUAUACUUCAACUAACGAAUGAAUAUGCUGUGAGACUUAACUUCUUGCCGUCUCGUUUUUUUCCGAACCAAUAAUCGAAUUAAAGGUUGAAUCGUGAAAUUGAAAACUAUUUACUUAGAAAUACAAGAUCAAAAUUCCUUUGCAGUGAAACUGAACUGCUUGGAUUCUGUUGCGUUAAAACGCAAAACGUGGUAAAAUUGUGCUUAUGAAAUUGAAAAAAUUAAUCUAUGCUGGCGAAUGUUAUAAACAUUCUUAUUUAGGCCCUUUAAUUGAGACUGGUGAAGGUUGUUAAGAGGAAAACAGAAGAACAAUAAAUUGAAUUGUUAAGAUAUAGCAAAA